ACUUCUUCUACAAUUUCAUCUACAACAAGUUCUUGUAGUUUCAUCUACACCAACCCCCCGACAAAAUGUCUAUCCUCACAAUGGGCGAAUCACAUAGAGGAACGGUUGCAAACAUCGCAACAUAUGAUGUAUCAAGGUUCCGGACUCGGGUCCACGAAUAUGUCCAUAUGGACCCGAUGGUUCAACCUUAUGUUGAACUCGCCGGCUUUGGUCAUAUAAGCAAGAUUUUGUCUUGGUCUGUAGAUAACAAAUUCAUUCUAGCUUUAUGUGAAAGAUGGAGACCAGAGACACACACAUUUUGGUUCCCAAUCAGUGAGUGUAUUAUGACGUUAGAAGACGUCUACAUGCUUUUGGGACUGCCCAUUGAAGGUAAGGUUGUUAAUGGUAAAACCAACUAUGCAAAUUCAAUUUGCAUGGAUCUCUUGGAGACUGAUUUGUUAGAUGAUAAUGCCAGAGGUCAAGGUAUACUAGUUUCACGCCUUAAGUCGUACUAUAAUAGUUUAUACUUAGAUGAGCAUUCUACGAAGAUGCUCGAAUAAUAAAAACUAGGUGUUACAUUAUGCUGUUAAUUGGCUCGUUUUUAUUUCCCGAAGGUAGUGGUUCUAGCAUGCAUAUUAUAUAUUUACCUUUACUUAGACAUGUAGAUAGAAUAGGAAGUUACAGUUGGGGAUCUGCUUGUCUAGCCUAUCUCUAUAGCUCCUUGUGCAAAAACUCACACAAAGACAAAUCUACAUUUUCUGGAUGUGCUAUUUUGCUACAAUUAUGGGGUUGGUCAAGACUACCGUCCCUAACACUCGUCAACAACAACCCUUUCACAUUU